CGCCCAAGUCGUUGCAAAACAACAGCGUCCAUCCCCUGCGUCGCGACGUCGCGCCCCGGCCUGGAUGGUCGCCAACGACAGCUGGACUUCACCUUGCGGUUGGGGGGACUGGGCGAACCACCAUGUACUCAAACCAGGGGGCCCGCAAGUCGGUCGAUAGCCUGUCGCCGACCUUGUCGGCUGGCCAUCGGGGCGAUUUCCCCUUCCACGGGACAGCGCCCGUCGGCCAACAACGCUCGCAUCAGCGGCGGGGAUCGACCGCAAGCUCCGUCCAUUCGAUCGGAGGCUCGCUCGACACCUCUGGAGGCUGGUCCAGCGCCGUCUUCGAAUCGGGCCAAAACGCCAUCUCGACCCUGCUGCAGCCCCCCAUCGUGCGGACCGGCCUGCUUCCUCACACCGCCCCUCCCGCGUCCAGCGCCCACAAACCUCCGACAGCGCGAGACAUACCGCCCGUCGCCCUGACCAACAUCCCCCAUGUCGACGCGUCCGAGUUCAAGCCUUACCUCUCCGAGGUCGGUGCGCUGUAUGAACAGUUGCGGCGGAUACAGGCGGACGAGGACCAAGGGUUGGGCGGCCUCCAUCGUCACAGCAACAAGCCCGACGAAUUCCCCGACGCCCUGGACGAGGGUCGCUUGCGGCCAGGCAGGCGCCCGGGACUGUCGUCGAGACGGGCAUCGACCGCCUCACUCAGCUCCUUAUCGUCCAUAGAGGCCGGCCCGACGCCGGGGCGCUCGAGUUCGCGCCCCAGGAGAGCACAAGCGCACGGCCCUCCACCGCUCUCCACCAUCCCCUCAGUAUACUUUGACGAAGAUUUCCACCUGGAGAACCCGCGCAUCUUCGACGUCGUCAGCGAGCGCUCCGAGGUUGUGCCGCCGGCGCCGGGCAGCCACGGCAAGGCCGCGCCCAACGGCCAAGCGGCUGCACCGCGCAAGGCCCUCGCGACCAACGCCAUCCUGCAGGAGAAAUUGUCGUGGUAUAUGGAUACGGUCGAGAUGCAUCUCAUCCAGUCCAUAUCGACCGCCUCAACCACUUUCUUCACAGCUCUCGGCUCCCUCCGAGAACUACACUCAGAAGCGGCGGACUCGGUAGAGAGGAUCAAGGCUCUGAGGAAAGAGUUGGCCGCUCUGGACGAAGAGAUUGUCGUUGGGGGGCUCAACCUCGUCCAGCAGCGCCGGAGGAGAGAGAACGUGAAGCAGCUGCACGACGCCGUCAUGCAGUUGAGGGAGAUUGUCGACGGCCUAGCCGUCUGCGAGUCCCUGGUUGAUGCGGGCGAAGCUAAUGAAGCCCUUGACAACAUCGACAAUCUCGAGAAACUCAUGGCAGGGGAACCCACAGGCGGCAAUAACCUGGAUAUCCAACUGAGAGAUCUCAGGGGGGCCACCGCAUUACAAGGCGUAAGCAGUGACUUGGAUACUCUUCGACUCCGCAUUGGGAGAACCUACGAGGCGAAGUUCCUCAACACACUGCUCACGGAUCUCCGCAAUCACGUCGAACGAGUAUCUCCCCAGGAGGUCUUGAUGCGCUGGAGUAGUGCUUCGGCGCGCGCCCGUGGAGCCCACAGCCGGGAGCCGUCCGUCUUCCCGUCUUACAUGUCGGGAACGGACGCGAUCCGGACAGAACUCUUGUCGAGCCUAACGGGAUUGCAGCGUGCCAAGUACGUCACGGCCGCGGCUACCGCAUAUCGGGAAGCGGCACUGCGAGAAAUCAGAACCAUCAUCCGACGGCAAAUGCCAAGUUCCAGCGACGACGACAACGAAUCCCUCAUGUCGACGUCCACAAGAACCGGCGGCAGGCAACGUUCUCAGCAGGAGAGGUCCAUCCUCCUCGCCCGUAACCUGCGCGCCCUGGAGCCUCAGGAUGCCGAGGCGCUCUUGACCAACAUGUACAUCGGCGUGGCCGAGGCGCUCAGAAGGCUGAGCACUCAAGCCAAAGUUCUGCUGGAUGCUGCCAGCUCCAUCGACGAUCCAUCAGCCCCGUCGGGCAUGCGGUCACCGCUCAAGUCACCGCCCUUCAGCCCCACCGCAAGACACACAACGGGCGCCGCCCAGGAGGCUCAGCAGGAGAUACACAGAGCGGUGGACAUUGCCAAUCUACUGGGACAGGCCGUGGACGUGGCACACGAGAAGAUCGUCAAAGUUCUGCGGGUUCGGUCGGAGCAAAGCAAGCGCCUGGAUCUAAUCUGGUUCCUUCGGUAUUUCACGCUCAAUCUGCACUUCGCCAACGAGUGCGAGGCCAUCUCCGGGCGCAGCGGCACGACUUUGAAGACUGUGGUCAAUGGGCAUAUCAAGGACUUCAUCCAAAACCACGGCGACGCCGAGAACCAGAAGCUCGCCCAGGGCAUGGACUCAGAACGGUGGAAUGCCGCCGACUUCGGCGACAAGGACACCGAGUUGCUCAACCAGAUCAUAGACGGCAGCACUCGGGAUGCCGCCGCGUGGACCGAAGGCACUCGGAUUUGGAUCCCACACCCGGACACAGAAGCAUCAGGCGCGGAAGCCGACGUGUUGUCCGGCCAGCCGAACGGUACAAGCAAGACAAAGACGAGGAGCGCUGUCGUCGACUCGGAGAGUUUCCUGCUGCCCAACGCGGCUAUCUCAUGCAUGCACGGCAUGGCCCGCUUCUUGCACCUCAUCGCUACCAUACCGUCCAUGACGGCUGAGAUAUCCGCUUCGCUCAUUGCCUAUCUCCAGCUCUUCAACUCGCGCUGCACCCAGCUCAUUCUUGGGGCAGGAGCAAUGCGGUCCGUGGGGCUCAAGAAUAUCAACACAAAGCAUCUUGCACUGGCCUCGCAAGCGCUAGGUUUUAUCGCGGCCAUUAUCCCGCACGUCCGAGAAUUUGUUCGACGUCACUGUGGCGCGGGCAUGGUGGCGUCGACGGUCACGGGCGAGUUCGACAAGGUCCGACGAACGCUCCAAGAACAUCAGAACAGCAUCUAUGAUAAGGUCGUCGAACUCAUGAGCAGCCGGGCGCUAGCUGCCGCGAAGAAGCUGAAGGCCGUCGACUGGGACCAGGACGCCGCAAACAACGAGGCAAAUGAGUACAUGGAAACGGUAGCCAACGAGUCGACGACACUGCAUCGCAACCUCACUAAGCACCUGCCCAAGGGCACAGUGCGGCUGAUCAUGCUCUCCGUGUUCAAGAACUACAAGGACACGUUUGGGGCAGCGUACGAGGGCAUCGAGCUCAAGACGGAGAAGGGUCGGGAAAGGAUGCUACGGGACGUCGAGCUUUUCCAGUCACGCCUCGGCCAGAUCGAUGGGUUCGGAGACGCCGGUGACCAUCUGGUUAAUAUCAUCAAAGCCAAAAAGAUCAGCGCGCCGCCCCCAGCGCCAGCGCCAGCGGCAGAGCCAAAACCAACACCCUCAUCACCGCCACCAGGAUCUGCGCCAGCAGCGCCAGCAGCGCCAGAGGAAGGGGGAGGUGGCAGCGUGACGGCGGGGGAGCCUCCAGAGGCGCAAGGGCAAGUAGCGGCCGCGCAUGCGGGGCAGAACGGGGAUCCCAGCGACACGAGCAAGGCGUAACGGAGAUGGGUGUUUGGUCCAAGAGAGCGGGAUAAGCGCGUUGGCAUCAUGUCCUCCUAUGCGUGGAUGUAUAGAUAUCAUCUGGCUUGUAUACAUGCAUACGCACGUUCUUGAAUGCCGAGUCGCGGGGUCUCGGAGAAG